AUGACUUUUCCAGUUGUGGUUGAUUCGGACGAGAAUGAAAUAGUCUCCCUUCAACUAGAGCAAAUUAGGAGCAUAUUGGAAGAGGCGAUUUUGGAAACGCGCAGCAUGCCUCUCGAAAAUCGACCGCGACUUCCCCGCAUACCCCCAAGCAAGCGAAAUCAGGCUGUCAUGAAGGCUCUUAAUCCAAUGCUGGUGACCUAUUUGGAAGCCAGCCGGGACCUUUGCAAGGCGGACUCAAUUAUUUUUUUGGCGCCGCAAUGGCAGUUUGCCGUAUUAUUGGCGCCAAACUUCCCAUGGCUGGAUGCGCUACUAGACAAACUAGCGUCAUCCCAGCCUGGAGAAAAAGAAUCGAGGACCGUAUCGCAAAGGCAAGGGCCCUUAUUGGCAGACUGA